GGCCCCGUGGUGCGGGCGGCGCUGACGUGUCGGUGGGAGCGGCGGCGGCCCCGGCGGCACCAUGUCUAAGGUCACCUUUAAAGUGACGCUCACCUCGGACCCCCGGUUGCCUUACAAAGUGUUAAGCGUGCCUGAGAGCACACCUUUCACAGCUGUCCUCAAGUUUGCUGCAGAAGAAUUCAAAGUUCCUGCAGCAACAAGUGCCAUUAUAACAAAUGAUGGUAUAGGAAUAAACCCUGCACAGACAGCAGGAAAUGUGUUUCUAAAGCAUGGUUCAGAUCUACGGCUCAUUCCCAGAGAUCGUGUUGGGAGCUAAUAACAUCUCCUGAAAGCUGGGGAAUAGGUGUCAUUGCUUUGCAGCAGAGGUCUAUUUAUUUUGGAACUUCAAAAUGCAACUGAUGAAUUGGACUUUUUUAAAGCAAGCAGAAAUGACUUCCCAGGAUUUGAUUUUUUUCAUUGGAAACAGAGAUAAAGGUUCAUUUUCCUGUUAAAAUACAUUAACUCAUGCACUGAUUCUUCCCUGAUUGGUAGAACAGCCUGAUUGCAUGUUAGAAAGGCAGACUUCUCUCCAGGUUGACACUACAAGAGUAAAUACAGCCACCAUCAAUAGAUACUUAAAAUACUGGAUAUUAUUGAGCCUACUUCAUGAAAGGGAAAACUGUGUUAUGAUGUUGCUACAAAGAAAUUAUUCCUAAUGUGUGCUAAAAGUUGGGGUUUUUCCUGUAUUUUUUUUCCUAGUUAUUUCCAUGUUUAGGGGAACAGCUUUCACCUGGCUCAAGUACUGAUCUCAAGUAGAGGGGAAAUUUCAGGAGUUUAUUACUCAAAUAAGUAAACAGCUGCCAAAUGUUCCAAAGUAAUUCUAAGUUUUAAUUGCUGUAAGUAUUUGAGAUAAAGGAGAAUACAGAGAUUUCUAUGUUUUAAGACUUCAUAUUGACAUACUGUGAAGUUAAAUUAAAUUAAAAUUCAGAGAAUUUGUGAGACCUAGUCUCCUCACAUGAAGUGCCAUCAUCUUGGAAGGAUUGCACUGUCAUUUGGGAAUGUGUAGACUGGUCAAAUACAUCAUUCCUUUUUCAGUAAACUAAUACUGGUUCUUUCCAGAAGUCAUGGUUUUGUUGCUGCCUGUUACAUAGAAAACAGCACAGAAUUCUAUGAAAUAUUUUUGUUCAGAUUAGAAAUUGCCAUGUGUAAACUAUCAGUUGUGUAUUUUAAGUAGAGAAAUUGCUGCUUUUCCUGAACUGGUUGUCUAUGCUGUGAUUUAAUGUAUUUGGCAAAAUCUUACCAUAUUGCAUUUUUUUCUGUUCUGCUGAGUUGAACAGAAAGAACAAUGGGUAGUGCAGUGCUUGGUUAAGUGAGUAUUCUCACAAAUGCAACUGUCCUGUGCAAUCGUCAUGCUUUAGAAAGAUGUUCAGAUAAUGUGUCAGAUAAUGCAGAAGUACAAAAUGCCCUUCUGAGUGGGUGUAAGCUCAGGAAGUAAAGAAAAACUCUCCAGAAAUCAGUAUUUGCCUAUAAACAGCUUCCACAUUUAAGAUAAACUGUAAAAUUCCAUAUUUUUCUUUAGUUUAAUAAACAAUUAAAUGAAAAAGUGCAAA